AUGGGACUUGGAUUGUCAUUAUUGGGAGGCUGUCCAAGCAUUGUAAGUAGAGCAAGUUGGGGUGCCAGGGCUUCCAGGAGCAAUAGUUAUCUUCCAAGUCAACCAGUUCAUUGGGUAUUCAUCCAUCAUGGAGAAAGCAGUGCCUGUCACAGCCAGAGCCAAUGUGCAGGAAUUGUGAGAAGCUACCAGAAUUACCACAUGGAUUCCCAUGGAUGGAGUGAUAUCGGUUACAGUUUCCUGGUUGGUGAAGAUGGUAAUGCCUAUGAAGGACGAGGAUGGGAUAGAAUUGGUGCACACACAGUUGGAUAUAAUUCCAAAGCUGUGGCCAUUUGUCUUAUUGGUAGUUUUGAUUCAGUUGUACCCAAUGCAGCAGCGCUAAAUACUGUCAAGAGACUUAUCCAGUGUGGCAUAGAUAAGGGAAAGAUAUCUAAAGAUUAUGUUCUACGUGGUCAUCGUGAUGUGAACCAGACCAGCUGUCCAGGAGAUGCUCUAUAUAAACUUAUCAGAACUUGGCCUCAUUAUUAA